AUGAAACAUGGACACCGACUCGAGACACCAGGGACCAAAACCACAAAAAGACACCAGGGACAAACCCACAAAAAGACACCAAGGACCAAAAACCACAAAAAGACACCAGGGACCAAACCCACAAAAAGACACCAAGGACCAAACCCACAAAAAGACACCAGGGCCAAAAACCACAAAAAGACACCAGGGCCCAAACCCACAAAAAGACAUCAGGGACAAAAACCACAAAAAGACACCAAGGCCCAAAACCCACAAAAAGACACCAGGACCAAAACCCACAAAAAGACACCAGGGCCCAAAACCCACAAAAAGACACCAGGGCCAAACCCACAAAAAGACACCAGGGCCAAAACCCACAAAAAGACACCAGGGCCAAAAACCACAAAAAGACACCAGGACCAAAAACCACAAAAAGAUACCAGGACCAAAAACCACAAAAAGAUACCGGGACAAAAACCACAAAAAGACACCAAGGCCAAAAACCCACAAAAAGACACCAGGACCAAAACCCACAAAAAGACACCAGGGCCCAAAACCCACAAAAAGACACCAAGGACAAAACCCACAAAAAGACACCAAGGACAAAAACCACAAAAAGACACCAGGACAAAAACCACAAAAAGACACCGGGACAAAAACCACAAAAAGACACCAGGAUCAAACCCACAAAAAGACACCAAGGACCAAAACCACAAAAAGACACCAGGACAAAAACCACAAAAAGACACCAGGGACAAAACAAAGGACCCCGUUCCACACAAGGCGACACAGCUUAACUAA